CGCUCCUUCGUUUACUUUUACCCCGUGGUACCUUCUUCUUCAUCUCCGUCUCCAAAUUUCCUCCUCUCUCAGCGAGCGUCCCUCUGCCCGAGAUCGAGAUGGGGAACCUCGGAGGGAUCGCCAUCGUCCUUCUCUCAGGUCUCCUCCUCCUCCUGUCGGCGGAUGCCUUCUACCUCCCCGGCGUCGCACCUCGCGGCUUCCAGCAGGGCGAUGAACUUCAGGUGAAAGUGAACAAACUUUCAUCAACAAAGACUCAACUUCCAUAUGAUUAUUAUUUCCUGGAUUUCUGUAAGCCUGCUAAAAUCAUGAACAGCGCUGAGAACUUGGGAGAGGUCCUUCGGGGUGAUCGUAUCGAGAACUCUGUGUAUACAUUUAAGAUGGGGAUGGAUGAGACAUGCAAAGUGGCAUGUCGCACAAAGCUUACCCCAGAGGCUGCGAAGAAUUUUAAGGAGAAAAUUGAUGAUGAAUAUCGAGUGAAUAUAAUAUUGGAUAAUCUUCCUGUCGCAGUUCCGAGGCAAAGGAGAGAUGAAAGUCAACCACCAAGUUAUGAGCAUGGUUUCCGUGUUGGUUACAAAGAAAGCCAGCUCACUGGUACAAAGGAUGAGAAAUAUUGCAUUAAUAACCACCUCAGCUUCAAAGUUAUGUACCAUAAGGAUCCUGAAAAUGAGGAUGCUCGUAUAGUUGGUUUUGAGGUUACUCCUAGCAGUGUACAUCAUGAGUAUAACAACUGGGAUGAUAAUAACCCUAAAUUGGUGACAUGCAACCCAAGCACCAAAGCAACCCCAAAUGCCCACAGUCCCCAGGAAGUUGCCGAUGAUACAUAUGUUGUAUUCACUUAUGAUGUUACCUUCCAGACUAGCAAUAUCAAAUGGGCAUCUCGUUGGGACACUUACCUUCUCAUGAGUGAUGAUCAGAUCCACUGGUUUUCUAUUAUCAAUUCCUUAAUGAUUGUUCUCUUCUUGUCCGGCAUGGUGGCGAUGAUUAUGAUGAGAACCCUAUACAGAGAUAUAGCAAACUACAAUCAAUUGGAGACUCAGGAUGAAGCCCAAGAAGAAACGGGAUGGAAAUUAGUCCACAGUGACGUGUUCCGACCACCGGUCAACUCUGGUUUGCUGUGUGUGUAUGUUGGAACAGGGGUUCAGUUCUUUGGGAUGACCCUGGUCACUAUGAUGUUUGCUUUACUAGGCUUCCUUUCUCCUUCCAAUCGUGGGGGUUUGAUGACUGCCAUGGUCCUUUUGUGGGUCUUCAUGGGCCUAUUUGCAGGCUAUUCUUCAGCUCGCCUCUAUAAGAUGUUCAAAGGUACAGAAUGGAAGAAGACUACUUUGAAAACAGCUUUCAUGUUUCCAGGCAUUGUCUUCACCAUGUUCUUUAUGCUGAAUGCGUUGAUCUGGGGUGAGAAGUCUUCUGGUGCUGUUCCCUUUGGGACCAUGUUUGCACUGGUGUUCCUAUGGUUUGGCAUAUCAGUACCACUAGUCUUUGUUGGUAGCUACAUAGGUUUCAAGAAGCCAGCUAUUGAGGACCCUGUAAAGACCAACAAGAUCCCAAGACAGAUACCUGAGCAGGCUUGGUACAUGCAGCCAGCAUUCUCCAUAUUAAUUGGGGGUAUUCUUCCAUUUGGUGCUGUCUUCAUUGAGCUCUUCUUCAUCUUGACGUCAAUAUGGUUGAACCAAUUCUACUACAUCUUUGGCUUCCUCUUCAUAGUCUUUGUUAUCCUUAUAAUAACUUGUGCAGAAAUUACUAUUGUGCUCUGCUACUUCCAGCUUUGCAGUGAGGAUUACCACUGGUGGUGGAGGGCAUAUCUUACUUCAGGUUCUUCUGCAUUAUACCUUUUCUUAUAUUCAGCGUUUUAUUUCUUCACGAAGCUUGAGAUUACAAAGGUUGUUUCUGGGAUCCUUUACUUUGGAUACAUGUUGAUUGCAUCUUAUGGGUUUUUUGUAUUGACCGGGACCAUUGGCUUCUACGCUUGCUUCUGGUUUGUUCGCAAGAUAUAUUCCUCUGUGAAGAUAGACUGAUCAUACAGUGAGUCCAUGAGCUUUUAUCAGUUUCCAACUAGCAUUUCAACGUGAAAGGCUGGUUUGUGGAGCUGAGGGAUGAUUGGUUGAAGAGUGGAGAUGGAGGGAAGAAGUUUAUUGACUUGAUAUGAUUUUGGGGGUCGAUGAUUUUAGUUGUAGGAGUCGGGAUAGCAUGCUAGGACUUGGUUUCUAUUUUGAUUCCUGUUGUUCUGGAACUGGUUGUUAAUGUUUUCAUUUUUGUUUCCUAUGUUGUAACUUUUUGGUUGGACCAACACCUUGUGUCAGGGAACAAGUUUAUAUUCAAAUAGAAAUUAUGCAAGAGAAGCUCACUAUUUCACUAAUGAAGUUUAUUGCGUUGUCUU